GUCAUGAGGGGGUCAUUGGGCCUGGUGAUGGGAGAAGCCUUCGUCUGAGGCGCGGGCGGUAGGUUUAAAAAUGUGGGGGACGCGGAGCCUGGCCUGGGGUCUGGGCCGUGGCUUGCUGCCGGUGACAGGCGGCUGUUCUCAUGUUUGUUCAUUGGAGGCCCAGUGCCGAUUAAUGCAAACAAGUUUACAGAGGCAGCAAGAAGCAACAGAAAAGGAGAAAGUCUCUACAGAGCUAGCACAAUCUAAGCCGUCAGCAGCAGACUUCAGUAUCCUACCUCCAAUGCCAGGACAGGAGAGCUCUUUGCGUUGGGAAGGCAAAAAAUAUGAAGAUUUGCAUAUAGUGCAUGUCAAGGCAACAUAUAAUAACACGCAUAUUCAAGUUACUACUCACGAUGGGCAGAGUAUGCUGCGGACUUCAUGUGGUACCGAAGGGUUUAAGAAUGCAAAGAAGGGAACCCCCAUUGCUGCUCAGACGGCCGGCAUUUCAGCAGCAGCGAAAGCAAUUGAUCGGGGAAUAAACUUUGUUCGUGUGAUGGUGAAAGGUUUGGGACCUGGCAGGAUGUCUGCUAUAAAAGGACUAAGUAUGGGUGGCCUCCAGGUGGUUUCAAUUACGGACAACACUCCAAUCCCUCACAAUGGCUGCCGACCGCGGAAAGCACGCAGGAUGUAAACCUUUGAAAUGUGCAACUAAGGAGGAAUCAAAAGGACCAGUCAUUUGUUCUAGAAUGUCGUCUUUUCAACCCACAGCAACAUGAAACAUUUGAACUCUAAUUAUCAGAGGCUUGUCAGAAGAGUGAGUGUAACAGCUAAAUUGGACUGUGCGGGGUAAAUGAUGAGGAGAUAUUCUAAUUCUGCAUGUUCCCAUUGAAGGGGCUGAUUAGAAAGUGUUCAUUUUCACAGCUCCAAGACUCUUCGUCCAAAUGAGCAUAGACGGCUACAGGAACUGUCAUAAAAUAAACUUUGAAAACACAGCAACUCUUUUGCCUCAAAA